AUGGCAAUCUUUAAUUUCUACUUCGCCAGCUGUGUGCUGCUGCUGACCCUGAGCUGGCGCACAUCCACAGGACUCCCGGUGUGCACCCUGAGCGAAGAUCAAUGCGAACACUGCUCGUCUCUCUUCAACAGCCUCCUGUUAAAUGUCAAAGAUCUCCUCAACAAAAACAACAGCGCUGUUUUGUGCUUCGGCAUCUCCUCUGAUAGAGCAGUGGUGAAGAGUAAAGCUGACACAGUACUGGCCUGCGCACCCACUCAGAGCUCAGGUUGCAUGAUGCAACGAAAUUCACCCUUCAGUGAGCUUGAAUGUCGGAGGAAUAUCAUGAAGGACUUGGCCCACUAUGCUGCUGCUUUUGAGUCCUACAUCAACUCCUCACUCAGAAGUCCAGAGGAAGAAAUUCCACUUCUGAGGCCAACUCUAAAAAUUAUCCAGAGCCUGAGGGAGGACUGCUGCCUGAUGCCAAAUGGAGAGAGAGAUUCCUCAGAGGGGGACGUUGCCCAGAUGUGGGGAAAUGACACCUUCAAUAACAGGCAGGAGAUGUGUAAGAUGAUGAGAGGCUUCUAUGUCCGAGCCAUCACCAUCAACAGAGCCAUGGGCUACAUCUCCUCAGGAGAGCACAGGAUGUAAACAGCCUGCAGCCUCAUCA